ACAGUGUCGAUAACAGGCGGCCGGGGAUCGCGCCGCGGCCAGCACCGCCACCACGCCGCCGACGCCGUGCUGGCUGUUGCGGUGGCGAGGCUCUCUGUCCGGCGUCGGACGCCGCUGGUGUGAGGUGAUGGACGCGCCGCGCCGGUGAUGUGGUACCGGAGUGACCGGCCGGUGUCCGAAGGAGGGAAGGUUUGUCCCCGAGAGGAGGUGCUCCACUGAAGUGGCGACAGCGUCUGCAGCGGACCAUGCGGUGGUUGUCUGUGGUGGCACGGCUGAUCGUGACGCUCUGCUCGAGCUUGAUGGCCAGAGGCCAGAGCGGCGUCCCGUACGACCCGCGGCACAACAACAGCUACGAAAAACGGCUGAUGGACUUCAUCGUGCGCGACUACGACCGCGACGUGCGGCCCGUGUUCAACGCCUCCGACCCGGUCAUCAUCCAGCUGGGCAUCACGCUGACGCAGAUAUUCGACAUGGAUGAGAAGAACCAAGUUUUAACCACAAACGUUUGGCUUGACCAGGAAUGGACGGAUGAGCUUUUGACGUGGGAUCCCAGCCAGUUUGGUAAUAUGAAGGAGCUGAGGGUGCCAUGUGAGAAGAUCUGGUUACCUGACAUCGUCCUUUACAACAAUGCCGACGACUACACACGCGGCUACAUGAACAGCAAGGCGAUGGUCCAUCACAACGGGCGCGUGUUCUGGCCGCCGCCCACCAAGUUUCGGUCCACGUGCGCCGUGGAUGUCACCUACUUCCCGUUCGACGACCAGACGUGCAUCCUCAAACUGGGCAGCUGGACCUACAACGGCUUCCAGGUGGACGUGACCAACCGAACGGAGCAGGUGGACCUCACCAACUACAUCCCCAACGGCGAGUGGGAGCUGCUGGAGGCGCGCAUCAACAGAAACGUCGUCUACUACAGCUGCUGUCCGGAGCCGUUCCCUGACGUCACCAUCACUCUAAUCAUCCGGCGGAAGACGCUGUUCUACAUGUACAACAUCGUGCUGCCGUGCAUGAUGAUGUCGGUGCUGACGCUGCUGGUGUUCUGCAUGCCACCCGAGAGCGGCGAGAAGAUCGGCCUCGGCGUCACGGUGCUGCUCGCCUUCAGCGUGUUCAUGCUGGCCAUCGCCGAGAAGAUGCCAGAGACCUCCGACAGCGUUCCGCUCAUAGGGAUCUACCUGACGGCUGUGAUGGCCAUCACCAGCGUGUCCAUCAUCAUGACCGUGGUGGUGCUGAACCUGCACUACCGCGGGCCCGGCAAAAAGGAGGUGCCCCACUGGAUGCGCCGACUCGUGCUUGGAAGGACGACGUCUCGCAGGCGGCGCUCCGAGUCGAGCUCGCAGAAGUGCGCCGGCUGCUACCGUCGGCGCGGCUUUCCAGGCGGCGACGCGCACCUGGCCGACCACCCGCCGCUGCUGCCGGCCUACAGUCCCGGCAACGGCACCGCCUUCACCGCCGCCAGCGCCGCUUACAGCAAGCCGGAGGCUGUCCGGCUGGCCGUCGACACGCUUCCCGGCGCGCCGCCGCCGGCCGCCGAGCCGGCGCCCGCCAGCGACGCCAGCGACUCGGCCGGCUCGCCGGUGGCGCUGCUGGCCGACCACACGCUCUUCUGGGUGUUCCUGGUCAUCACCACCGUGUCCAGCCUCUUGUUCCUGGUCGUGCUGCCCGUCUACAAGCGCAGCCAGUAUCAGCGGCCCGACUGA